ACUCCCCCAUGGCGGUCGUCCAAAAAGUCAGGCGGAAAGCAAACCAAAGCAAACCUCCCCCGACUCCUAAAACCUUAAACCCUAGCUCCGGUCACUCCCCCAUGGCGGCCGUCCGGGUCAUCCUCCCUCAUCCCCACCUCCCCAUCCCCUCGUGGAGACCCCAGCUCAAGCCCUCCUCAUCCUAUCCCCGCCGCGCGGUCGCCGCCCCAGCUUCGCUGUCUCCGUCGCCCCUCACGGCUUCCCUGCAACUCGGAGAUGUGAUCGAGGCGCAGCAGUUCGAUCGGCAGGUGCUUAAUGAGAUCUUUGAGGUGGCGCGGGAGAUGGAGGCCGUGGAGCGCGGCUCCCACGGGUUCCGGAGCCGCGUCCUUGAGGGGUACCUCAUGGCCACGCUCUUCUACGAGCCCUCCACUCGCACGCGCCUCUCCUUCGAGGCCGCCAUGCGCCGUCUUGGCGGAGAGGUGCUCACCACCGAGAACGCUCGCGAGUUCUCGUCCGCUGCCAAGGGCGAGACCCUAGAAGAUACCAUAAGAACCGUUGAAGGUUAUUCUGAUAUUAUCGUUCUGAGACAUUUUGAAAGUGGAGCUGCCAGAAGAGCAGCGGCUACUGCAGAAAUUCCGGUUAUUAAUGCAGGUGAUGGGCCAGGGCAACAUCCUACUCAGGCUCUGUUGGAUGUAUAUACAAUAAAGAGAGAAAUUGGUAGGCUAGAUGGAAUCAAACUUGGUUUGGUUGGAGACCUUGCCAAUGGGAGAACUGUUCGUUCUCUGGCCUAUUUGAUCGCUAAGUACCAGAACAUUAAGAUAUACUUCGUAUCUCCAGAUGUUGUAAAAAUGAAGGAUGAUAUUAAGGAGUACUUAACUUCACAAGGUGUUGAAUGGGAAGAAAGUUCAGAUUUAUUGGAUGUGGCAUCCAGGUGUGAUGUAAUUUAUCAAACACGCAUUCAAAAAGAAAGAUUCGGAGAGAGGAUCGAUCACUAUGAGGCUGCUCGUGGGAAAUAUAUUGUGGAUAAGAAGGUUUUAGGUGUGCUGCCAAAGCAUGCUGUUAUCAUGCAUCCCCUUCCAAGGCUGGAUGAGAUCACAGUGGAUGUUGAUAGUGAUCCAAGGGCUGCAUAUUUUAGGCAGGCUAAGAAUGGCCUCUACAUAAGGAUGGCACUGCUCAAACUUCUGCUUGUUGGCCAUUGACAUUCUUUUUCCUGGUGCGUGAGCUUUGUGAUGUCAAAGGAUCAGAAAUGUAGUCUUAUCGUUGGCUCCAAGUUCAACUGUUCGGUGCUGUGCAAGGUAUAAGAAAGUUGGAUCCUUGCAAGAAUAAAGCAAUGAUUGUAUGAUAAAUGCUCCAUAGGAAUAUUUUCUGUUAUUAUGUGGAACAUCCUUUUCCUCAGGAUGGAAUGCAAUGUUGGAAAAGAAAAUUCUAUUUUACCUACGAAA